AUGAGUAAGGGGGAGCAGAGCGUUUACAAUGUUGAGGAGUACAUCCAGGAAACGGGGCCAACUAUCACGUUCAGCAACUUGCACUACUGUGUUCAAGAGACAAGACUCUGCUGCAAGAUGGGUCCUGAAAAGUUUAUCCUCAAAGAUGUAAGUGGCAUCAUGAGACCGGGGAUGAAUGCUAUCAUGGGGGCCACAGGAAGCGGUAAAACAUCACUCUUGGAUGUGAUCGCAGGCAGAAAAGACCCUGCUGGACUGCGCCAAGGGACUGUUUUGGUGGAUGGCAAAGCUGUCACAUCUAAACUAAGGCUCAGCUCUGCCUAUGUGGUUCAGGAUGAUAUCGUGAUGGGCACUCUGAGUGUGAGAGAAAACCUUCUGUUUAGUGCCAGCCUGCGUCUCAGCCGGAAGCAUCACAACACUGAGGAUAAAUACAACAGAGUAAAUGAAAUCAUACAAGACCUGGGCCUCACAGACUGUGCUGACACUAAGAUAGGCACUGAGUUUCUGCGCGGUGUGUCAGGAGGCGAGAGGAAGAGGUGCAGCAUCGGGAUGGAGCUCAUCACUUCUCCCUCUCUGCUGUUUCUAGACGAGCCAACCACUGGACUGGAUUCUAACACUGCAAACUGCAUCAUCAAUCUGCUGCACAAGCUGUCCAGAAGAGGCAAGACCGUGAUCUUCUCCAUUCACCAGCCGCGAUACUCUAUCUUCAGACAGUUUGACCACCUGACUCUGAUGCAUAAAGGCGAGAUGGUGUAUGCAGGAAGCGCAGAAUAUGCACUGAAGUACUUCACAGACCUCGGUUACCAAAUACAGUCUUUCGACAAUCCCGCUGACUUCUUCAUGGACAUCACAAAUGGAGAAGCACAGUCCACUCUGGAAACACACAUUGAAGAGGACGGUGAAAACGUGCUGGCAAUAAAGUAUCGGCAGUCCCAGCUGUACCAGAAUGUGGUUGCAGAGCUGGAAUACGGGUACCAAAACACUGAAGAGGUCGAAAAGGAAGACAAGCCAGUCACCUAUGCCACAUCUUUCCUUUAUCAGUUGCGUGUGGUGAGUGGCAGGACGAUGCUGAACACCUUUAGGAAUCCUCAGACCUCCUACGCCCAGAUGGCUCUCAACAUCUUUUUUGCCAUUCUGGUGGGACUCAUUUAUUACCAGAUGCCCCUGACUAUGCCUGCGGCCAUACAGAACAGGACUGGAGCAUUCUUUUUCCUGAUCAUCAACAUGGUGUUUGGGAACCUUUCUGCUGUUGAACUCUUUAUCAAAGAAAGAGCAAUUUUUAUUCACGAGAAUGCCAGUGGUUAUUACCGUACCUCCGUGUACUUCCUGUCCAAGGUCUUUGCUGAUCUCAUCCCCAACCGCAUCAUCCCCAUUAUUGUGUUUUCAGCCAUCAGCUACUACAUGAUGGGGUUGAAGCCUGCCUUUACGGCCUUCCUCUGUUUUGCUCUGACCAUGUCUCUGGUCAGUCUGGCAGGAGUUGGUCUGGCCUUCCUCGUCUCAGCAAGUUCAUCUUCAUUUGCGAUGGCCAACAUUCUCAUUGCUCUACCCUUCGUCUUCAUGAUGGUCUUUGGUGGUUUUCUUGUCAAUCUCAACAACAUGCUGAGCUGGCUCUCUUGGCUGAAGUGGAUCAGUAUCUUCAAAUAUGGAUUGGAUGCUACAUUCAUCAACGAGAUGCAAGGACAGAUAUUCGACUACAACGGCACACUUUUCCUAGGGGAUUGGUACCUGGAACAGCAGGGCAUUGACUACUCUGUGUGGGGCUUCUGGCAGAACGAGGUGGCUCUGCUGGCAAUCACGACCAUCUGCAUGGUCCUGGCCUAUGUGCAGCUGCGACGAAUCAACCGCUGGAAGUGA